AUGCGCGUGGAGGUUUGCUUGCCCAGCGGCAGCUGUUUCCUGGCAGAACUCGGUGAGGAGUCGCAGGUGAGGGAGCUGAAGAGAAGGGCGCAGCAGCACUUCCGCUGCGGCUUCCUGCGGCUGCUGCGGCCAGGGUCGCCAGGUUGUUGCGACUCUGGGACGCUGGACGUGCGGCAGAGCCUCAGCCAGGCGGGCUUGCGGGAUGGGGAUAUGGUGCAGGCCGUGGUGCAGACAAUUCAGGUGGCUGCCACGGGAAGAGCCUUUGCUCUCCACGUGAAGGCAGGGAAGGCGGCGUCUUGGGGCGAUCCCGCGUGUGGCGGUGACGCGCCAGACCUGGCCCAGGUGCUGCAGAUCCAAUCCACUGCAGGUGCAUUUGCGGCAAUUCUGGCGAGUGGCGAUGUGGUGACUUGGGGUGACUCUUUGAAUGGAGGCGAUUGCAGCGAAGUGCAGGAUCAGCUCAAGCGGGUGGCACACAUCCAAGCAACUCAGCAUGCUUUCGCUGCUAUUCGGGAUGACGGCACUGUGGUGACUUGGGGCCAGCCCAAAUUCGGCGGCGACUCCAGCCAGGUGCAAGAGCAGCUAACAAGGGUCAAGCAUAUCCAAGCGAAUCAGUAUGCUUUUGCCGCCAUCUUGCAUGAUGGCCAUGUGGUGACCUGGGGUGGCUUGAAUUUUGGUGGCGACAGCAGUCAGGUGCAAGGGAAAUUGACGUACGUACAGCAGAUCCAAGCAACUUAUAGUGCUUUUGCUGCCAUUCGGGAGGAUGGUGAAGUGGUGACCUGGGGUAAUCGCUUGACUGGCGGCGACGGCAGUCACGUCCAAGAGCAGCUGACUCAUGUGUGGCGGGUUCAAGCGACCCGUCAUGCGUUUGCUGCUAUCCGGGAAGAUGGCAGUGUGGUGAGCUGGGGCAAUCCUUUUUGUGGUGGUGAUAGCAGAGAAGUGCAGGAGCAGUUGAUGCAUGUCGUCUCGAUCCAUGCGAGCCCAAUGGGCUUUGUCGCUGUCUCAAACAAUGGCACGGUCGCAUGGGGCGAGGCAAAGCAGGGGGAGCUCCCUGGCCAAGUACGACCGCAGGUGCAGCAGAUCCAAUCCACUGAAGGUGCAUUUGCGGCAAUUCUGGCGAGUGGCGAUGUGGUGACUUGGGGGAUUCCGUCGAGUGGAGGCGACUGCAGUCACGUGCAGGAUCAGCUCAAGCGGGUGGCACACAUCCAAGCAACUCAGCAUGCUUUCGCUGCUAUUCGGGAUGACGGCACUGUGGUGACUUGGGGCCAGCCCAAAUUCGGCGGCGACUCCAGCCACGUGCAAGAUCAGCUGACAAGGGUGAGGCAUAUCCAAGCGAAUCAGCAUGCCUUUGUCGCCAUUCAGGAUGACGGAAGGGUUGUAGCUUGGGGCAAUCCAGACUGGGGUGGCGACUGCAGAGACAUUCUAGAUGAGUUGGACUGCUUGUGA